UUCUUUUAAUAAUAAUUGUCCUCUUCUCUCCUUCAGGUCCACACCAUUAACAAGGGCAUGUUUCGUUGUGGACUUUUAUGGUGGGACAUUGCGGGCGUCCAUUAAUGAGAGGAAAAUCACUCUCAAAUUUUGCCCUGUCGCAAUAGAAGAUCGGGGUUUGCUUUGGUCCCUCCUCUUACCAAUAUUAGGUUGGUUCUUGCUCUCAAUUUUCUCUCUUUUUCACUCUCCAAACUCUCUUCCAUCCCACCAAAAAUAGGGGAUAAUUAGCUUACUCGCUUAUUCAUUGCAGAGUCAAAAUUUAGGAAUUUGAUUGCAUUUUGACAAUUUCUUGUUUUGGGAUUGAUUGAAGGCAAGACUUGCAUUUUUUCUCUUCUGAAAUAUGGUUUAUCACUCAAGUUUUGUGGAUGAUGAAAGAGUUACUAAAGCUUGUGGAUGUCCCAUUUUGCCUCUAAAAACCCAUAUAAAGGGUCCUGCUCCAGAUUUAGAUCAAGAUCAAACUGACAUUAUUGAUGAAGCAAUUACAUUCUUUCGAGCCAAUGUCUUCUUCAGAAACUUUGAUAUCAAGAGUUCAGCUGAUAAGCUCCUUAUUUAUCUGACACUCUAUAUUAAUGUGGCUUUGAAGCGGCUUGAGGGUUGUAGAACUUCGGCUGAAGGAACCAAGGCAAUUAUUAACUUGGGUCUUGAAGAGGUACCUGUUCCAGGAGAACCUGGUUUUCCUUUUCCAGGUCUUUUUCCCCUUCCUCUAACCAAGAAGGAAGCAGAAUUACUCAGGAACUAUCUGAAACAGAUAAGGGAAGAGACUAGUGGUAGAUUAUUGAGUGUUGCUUACAGACAUAAUGGGACUCCAAAUAAAUGGUGGUUAGCAUUUGCCAAGAGGAAAUUUAUGAACAUCAUUGUCCCUUAAUUGUUUAUACCCACUCAAAAUAAUAUAUGUGUAGGCACCACAUUGAUGUGAUAAACCAUUGGUUGUGAAAAGUAUUUUUGGACUAUAUUUAUACCUACUCUUGAAAGAAGCAGGGUGGUUGUAAUUGCAAUGCAUUGCAUUGUUACUGCCUUACUGGUUUAAGGAGAUUAGUAUGAUAAGCUAAAAUAGUUCCUAUCA